AUGAGGUCGAGGGGCAGAGGCAGCUGCGACUGCCGGCUGCCCCGCCUAAUGGGGCCACUUCUCCUUUCCCCUGACCUGGCCUGGGGACGGCCUCUCCCGCCCAAGAUUCGCCUGACACACCACACCAGCAAUGCAGAGUCUCCUGAGAAGAGAUUCAGACUGAACAGCUUUGUGUCAGACUUUGGAAGGCCGCUGGUGCCCAAGGUGUUCUCUGGUAACAAUGACGAAUCUAGGUCCCUCUUUCACUGCUACGUCAAAGAAUUGGACCACUUGGGUAAGGCCAAAGCUGGUAUCACAACCAUUACCCUUGACAGUGAUAUUCGGCUCCAGGAAGCCAUCAGAUGCAGCAGGUGGCCAGAUGAGGAGCCGAACAGGCUAAUGAAAUGUGACAUCCCCAACUUCAUCAACACGGACCAGAACUCUUCCUUUGGGGAAGAUGAUCUCCUGUUUUUGGACCCACCAAUUGUUCUAGAAGAUAAGCCAGUUGCUCAGACCUCACACAAAGACUUGAAUUGAGAAACGUUCUUUGUCAAGUGUCUUUCUGAAGAUGUGAAGUCUGUCUUUGUAUAGCAGGAAUUCCCCUUUCACAAAAUUGUAUGUGUUUGUGUCUGAGAGAGAGAAAUGGAGACAGACAGAAAGACGGAGGCAGAAGAGAGCCCCCUCAGAAGAGAGCUGGUUAAGGAGGAGGAUCAAUGCAUGGUGCAUUUUAUGACAAUCCUGUCCCCAGGAAUGCACGGAAGGUUAUCAGCUGAGUGAGGGGAGGUGCCUCUGUGUCCCUUUGUCCCUGUAUCUCUGUCUGCUCACAGUGCUCUGCCACCGGCUACUGAACAAGAAAAGUGCU